AUGAAGCAGAGUCGCCGAGAAUCCGCAUUAAUAAAGUCCAUACAGUCUGCAUUGACCCGUGACAAUCAUUCAAAAAAGACUCUCCUUAAGAAGCUUCUGGCUUUCUUCUCGGUGCGCCGGAUAAAACUCACACGACAUGAGCGAGAACUGUUCGAGAAACUACGUGGCGAGGUAUGGAAGUUUGAUCUGAACGAAUACCAAGCAAGCUUCCAUACAAGAGGACAGCUUCCAUUCAAGACAGUGGGCGACUUGGGCUACUCAGGAUCGACUUUUCUCGCUACGGUUGACACACGUUUGAUUGUAAAGAGCCUGCCGCGCCAUUUCGAGUACUCCUUUUUCCAAGAGGACCUUCUUCUGCCUUACUUUGAGUAUAUGUCCCAAAAUCCAGAUUCUUUACUUGUAUGGAUUACAGACUAUCUCAUUGCACCUUAUGUUACUCUGGGCACACUCUUUGGAUUGACCCCAGCCCAUCAUAUUGUCAUGGAGAACACGAUGUGCGGCCGAGAUGAAGACCCAGCCGCUGAGAAGUGGGAAACAUACGAUUUGAAGCCAAUUGAUUACUUUUAUCCAGAGCGUGAUAUCAUGCCUCGGACUCUAGUAAGCGAUGAGACGCUCAACAAGCUGGCAGAUAGAUUCGAUGAAAAGCUCUAUUUGUCUCGCUCAGACUACAAGUGCUUCUGGGAUAUGAUCCAGAAAGAUACGGCCUUCCUUCAGGACGCUAAUGUUGUUGAUUAUUCUUUGUUCCUGAUUCGUAUACCUGCGUCUUCAGAUCUUCCGGUGCAGGGUCGGAGAAGUCCAUGGCGAGCAGGGCUGCCAUCUGCUGAUGGACAGUGGAAGUACCGUGCGGUCAUACUAGACUUCUUUUGGGCUCGACACAAGCUUCAGCCUCUGGCACUAUCAGGCGUGGUGCAGACCUUCAACGUCGUGGGAAGGCAAGGGCCCAUGACUAUCACGACCACGCCAAGUGAAUAUCGUGACAAGUUCUUGACCAUGGUUUCUGAGAUGAUUGAAGAACAUUGA